GCUAUAUUUAGGAACGUCAAAAGGUUAUGAUGUCUUAAAUCACUUUAUACUCUUUAUUCAUUGUCACUAGCAAAAGUCAAAAAACUUUUUGGAAGACUGUAACCUUGGGAACUCAAAUCAUCUGUUGAUACAAGUCCAUAACGUAUGUGCAAUUAACGAAUUGAAUGCAAUUUACUUGCUUUCCAGGUAAUAUCAAGCGAUGCAGAGUCAUGGGAAGAGUUCAAAGUAUUAUAUAAACUUCUGUUUCUGUGUCUGCAACUCUACAUAAUUCAAAGAAAGAAAGAAAAAUUCUUGCAUCAGAAGAUUCAAAACUUGAAACACUUAACUUUAUUUUUUUGUUCUCUCGCUUAUUUCCUUUGUGGAUCUUCAAUGGCUGGAGCUGAAAAUUCAGAGAAAGCAGUGUUGAGUCUAAAGCUUCUUGUCGACAAGAAGAAGAACAAGGUGGUCUUGGCUGAGUCUGGUAAGGAAUUUGUCGAUGUACUCUUCAGUUUUCUGACAAUACCUAUGGGUAAUGUUGUGAGAUUGAUUGAGAAAUAUCAGAAGAAUCAGAUAUCUGAAGCCACUAUGAUUGGCUGUUUCAACAAUCUCUACAAAAGCGUACUUGAUAUAGGCACCGCUAAUUUCAUGACGGAAGCUUGCAAGGAUAUGCUUUUGUAUCCGAGAAGCGCGAUGGAGAACCUACGUAAAGGGCUUAAGCUUAACAUAGCUGAUAUUGAGGUUCUCAAGUACUAUAUGUGCCCGAAAGAACAUCGGUGGUAUAGUAACUUUUGUUCCUCAAAAUGUUAUGAUUGUGGAGAAGUGAUGACGAAGGAGUUUAAACCAUUAUACGGUGUAGCAUAUGAGGAAAUAUUUGUCAGCCACAAGCCCUUAUUCACCAUUACUGACAAUCUGAAAGUGGGAUUUACUUCUAUAAGUCAUACCCUGAAGACACUCAAAGUGUCAGGCUAUUCUGAUGUUGAUCAGCUGCAUGAGAUGCAUGUAGAAGUUGAUCACCAAAAGGUACUAGCUCUACUGCAGAGAUUAUUUACUUCAGAUACUCCCUUGACUGACGUGUUCUUAAAGAAACAGAGAUCAUGUGUCAUUUCAAAGGUGCUUAACAUGUCAAGUCUAGCUGUGUCAGAAAAAUCUGGAGGUGCAGUUCAGUGGAACAAAGUAAUGUCUGUCAGUGUGUUCACCAGAAAACUGGACAAGAAGGUUCUCUAUGUUGAAAGUGAAAAAGACUUUGUUGAUCUUCUUUUUACUUUCCUGGUUCUUCCUCUGAAUUCUGCAUGGAAAUUAGCUGGAAGCAAUCUCGUGCUAGGAUGCAUCAAUAACUUGUGUGAAAGCGCUAAGAGCUUGAGAUCUUAUGGAGGGAGAAAUGCAUUCAACGACAAAUGUAUGCUUCCUUGGCGUUAUAGUUGCCAACAACCUCUGCUUGAUAUUUGUUAUGCGGAACGUGAUAGGGAUUUAUCAGUGUCUAUAAAAAAUUAUACAUACACUUUUAAAUCGAUGGAUCCAAGAUGCGAGAAAGCUUCUGAAGUUGGAGUGUAUAGUGGAUUUUUGAAGAGAGGCACAACGUUUAUGGUCACUGAUGAUCUUACUAUCACACCUAUGGACUUAUCAUCGACCAUCCACACACUGAAGAAGUGGAACAUGGACUUAGAUGAUAUAGAGGAGGAAGUAAUUAACAUUAGCAAAGCAGAGGCUAUCAGACUGUUGAGAGCCUCAAUGGUGACUUCCAAUGCCUUGAACACAGUUUUUGAGAGCUUACUCCCAAAGAAACCGAAACAAGAGAAAGUCUAAGGCAUUAUUCCAUGCUUCUGUUGACCUGCUUGAUUCCAGUUUAAGAUUUUGUUAUUUGGGAGUGGCAGUUGAAUUAGUUACCUUUUCUUUUAUUGCGUACCACCAAGUACAAGCCAUUGUUAUUCAACCGUAAUGUUUCCUAGU